AGAGCAACAGAAAUCGGUCCGAGAGUCUGAUCAAACUCUGUGCACGCUCUGCUUCGGCUCUUCUCCUCUACCUCUUUCUGGCACACAACGCGUUUGGAUCCCGACUAUUGCGGAGACCAGCCUUUAUUAUCGACUAUCCGGGAUUUUAUUUCAAUAUAACAGUCAUCUAAUUUUUCGAAUUUAUCAGCGGUUUUCUUGUGCGAACUUGGGUAGCAGUUGAAAUCGGUUGUUUUCAUUGAUAACUUGCCAGAUACAAGAUGAAGUGGCUACUAUUCUUCACUCUCGCCGUCUUUGUUGUGUACGUAGCUGCCGAAGGAGAAGUAUGGGAAGAAGACGAUCACGAAGUUUUGAUUAGAAGCGAACGAGGUGCCAAAAAUCAGGAAUGCCGUUACGCCAAAGGAGGUUGGUCCGAGUGCGACGCAAAGACAAACCAGAGAUCACGGACGCUCACUUUGAAGAAGGGCAACCAAACGAGUUGCGAACCGACCAAGACCAUGCAGAAGAAGUGCAAAAAAGCUUGCAGAUAUGAAAAGGGCACAUGGGCCGAGUGCAAUGCGCAAGGUCAAAUGACCAGGAGCGACAAACUGAAACCUGGAAGCGACCCGUCUUGCGAACAGAAACGGGAAAUCACGAAGAAGUGCAAAAAUAAACCUCAGAAAGGUCAGACCGCGAAAGGUAAGAAAGCUGCUCGCAGAAACAACAGAAACUAAAUCGAAGGCCAAAGAAAAAAAAAUCAUCAGCUUCAGUUUUGGAACGAAAUCAUCAUCAAUCAAUAGACAGAAAAAAUUGUUGUAAAGAAUCUCAUCUUUUGUUUUUCGAAACGUUUCAAUUUGUUUGUAAUAAUUAUAUUAUAUUUAUUUUAUACAGGGUGGAACAAUCAUAAUAAUAUUAAGUUUAUACACUAUAUUAUAAUCGUGCAGUUUUGGUGAAUACCUACUUGGGUAAUAAUUAAUUAGGUAUUACUGUAAAUUAAGGUCCAGGUUUUGUUUAUUUCUUUCGCUUCAGCCAUUUUCGGGAUCAUGUAUAGUAAGGUCACUUUGUGUGAUCUUGAAAUAUGGUAUAUGGGUUUUUUUCUAGUUACUUAAAUUAAAUGUAUUAUAUAGGGAAUAAAUUCGAUGUGUAACCAUUUCAUCGAACAAAAUAAGAGAAUAAUAAUUAGCAAUGACACAUUUCUAGAAUAAUUAUUUUGUUUUUUGUAGAUUUUUACAUGUUUUUUAUUAUUCUUUAUAAUAGCGUUUUUACUUAUUGUACUCUACAACAGGUUAAAUAGAAUGGAAUAUCAUAGGGUAGACGAUAGAGGAACUUGUUCUGUAAUUAAUUAUUCAUAUUCAAUUUUUCUGCUAAAGCAUGCAAUUUGAAAUUCAAGAUGGUAAAUUAAUUCCUGAACACUUUUGUGUUACAGUCAUUCAGUUUUUUAGUCUAAUAAUUAAGUAAGUAAAACAAAAUCUUAAAAAAUAAUAUCCCAAAAACUGAUUGACUCUCUCAUCAUAAACCUAAUCAUUAAGCUGUUAGAACUUGUAAUAUUUAUAAAGUUUUGGUAUGAAGUUUCUGCAAAAUAAUCAUAAAAUAACUCUGUUACAAAAAAAUCUUCUAAUCGAAUAAAAUAAGUACAUACCACCUACUUCUGUCUUAGUAGAUGGAUUUCCCCUAAUAAAUUUUAAGAUAUCUGUUUCUCAGUGUAAUAAUAACAUAUUGAAUCUUCCAAUAAUAAAAUUAUAUAAAAAUACUACAGUCUUUUAUCCUUUUUUUUUCUCAAAUUUACGUUGAGUUACUACAAA